UCACCCGUGCACACACACACUCACAAGCAAUCUGUCUCCUACGGACAUGUGCGCCACCCAAAGACAGGAGCGAGCUGCGUGGAAGUCUGCCAUGUGGCUGAGGAUGAGAGCGUUUGCAUGAUCGCUGAAUUACCUCCAUAUAAUAGCGUUUCGUCAGGGGUGUAACAGCAAACAAGAGAUUCUCCGCGAGGACAGUCUGUUCUCUCGCUCUCUCACGCACACACAUACACACACACACACGUGUGCAAGAGGAAUCUGCUCCCUAUCUCCCUGAAAGGCGGUGGCGAUAACGACAUUAACGGCGAGUCCGCAGGCGUGACAGGAUGGCGGAGCUGAAGUCGCGGAGCAGGGAGAGCAUCAACAAGGUGGAGAAGGAACUGGAGAAGAUAGAGGACUGCCCCGCAGCUAACGCCGAACCAGAGGAGGUGUCCCUGAAGGAGGAGAAGGAUGAGAAGGGCAAAGUGGAGCUGAAGAGGAGCAUCACCCUGUUCAACGGCGUGGGGAUGAUCAUCGGCACCAUCAUAGGCUCCGGGAUCUUCAUCACGCCCACGGGGGUGGUGAAGGAGGUGGGGUCGGCCGGCAUGUCGCUGGUGGUGUGGGCCGUGUGCGGCGUCAUCUCCACCAUGGGAGCCCUCUGCUAUGCCGAGCUGGGCACCACCAUCGCCAAGUCAGGCGGGGACUACACCUACAUCCUGGAGGUCUACGGCGAGCUGGCCGCCUUCCUCAAACUGUGGCUGGAAAUGCUGAUCAUCCGCCCGUCCUCGCAGUACGUGGUCUCGCUGGUCUUCGCCACCUACCUCCUCAAGCCCCUCUACCCAGAAUGCAGCGUGCCGGAGAGCGCCGCCAAGUUCAUCGCCUGCAUGUGUCUCACCCUGCUGACCUUUGUGAACUGCAUCAGCGUCCGGGCAGCCACCAAAGUGCAGGACCUCUUCACCGCCUCGAAGCUCAUGGCCCUCACCAUCAUCAUCAUCUUCGGCUUCAUCGAGAUUGCCCGAGGUGACGUCACUUACCUGCGACCAGACAUGGCAUUUCAUGGCAGCAAAUUGGAAGUGGGCAGUGUUGUCUUAGCACUGUACAGUGGACUGUUUGCCUUCGGAGGGUGGAAUUAUUUGAAUUAUGUCACAGAGGAAAUGAUUAAUCCCGAGAGAAACCUGCCACUGGCCAUUAUCAUCUCGAUGCCCAUAGUGACGGUGGUGUACGUGCUGACCAACAUGGCCUACUUCACCACCGUGUCCCCAGAAGUCAUGGUGGAGUCAGAGGCGGUGGCUGUGACGUUUGGGGAGUACCACCUGGGCUUCAUGUCCUGGCUGAUCCCGGUCUUUGUGGGACUGUCCUGUUUCGGCGCCGUGAACGGGAGCCUGUUCACCUCCGCUCGACUGUUCUACGCCGGGGCGAGAGAGGGCCAGCUCCCUGCGGCAUUGGGCCUGGUCCACACCGACCUCUUUACCCCCGUGCCCUCCCUCAUCUUCACUUGCUUCCUGUCCAUGCUCUACGCCACCUCCAAAGACAUCUUCUCCGUCAUAAACCUGUUCAGCUUCUUCACCUGGCUGUGCGUCGGCAUGGCGAUCGCCGGCAUGCUCUGGCUUCGCUGGACUAAACCCGAACUGAGGAGGCCCAUCAAGAUAUGGCUUCCGGUACCCAUCAUCUUUGUGCUGAGCUGCGUCUUCAUGAUCGUCGUGUCCUUCUGGGCGGCCCCUUUCGAGUGCCUGAUCGGGAGCACAAUCAUCCUGACCGGCAUUCCCUUCUACCUGCUGGGAUACAAGUGGAAGAAGCCACACAUCGUGCGCAAAAUACUGGAGAUUUUCACCAUGUUCUGCCAGAAGAUCUUCAUGUCUGUUCCAGAGGACCGGAAAGCCCCAUAGCCACUGCAAAAGCAGGGAAAAAAGUGAGAAGAAAAAAGAGAAAAGUAUUUCAGUGUCCUUGGUUCAGUGACGUUUACAUUUCGUUCUUGUGCUGUCAGCCAGAGUAUCAUCAUGUUUUUUUUUUUUUACAGGGUUAACCGAAAAAUGCUAACGAUGCUAAGGAAUUUAUUUUUAGCUCAGUCUUCUCAGUAGCCAGAUUGUUGUGUCUGUUGUUCACUUUUGCCUGUGAAAAAGUGUGGUCUAUGAGAACAUUAAACCCAGGCAAAGACUUUGGUUGGACAAACUAAACAGUAAUUUAUCACUCUUAAAAGGGUUGCAUGCUGAAAAUGAACCCCAGGAAAUGUGUUUGGUUGGACAUACAGUACCCUUUUAAUCAGCCUUAUAAGGGCACUUGCCUUGGGCUGUGAAUACCAUUGUACUAUUUAGGAUGUCAAAAUAGCAUUAUAUACAAAAUCAUGGCUGCAUAAAAUAGUGUGUUAAAACUACUUGGAUGUCAGACUACAUUUGGUGAAAUAUCAUGGCGUGCAAGCACUGGACACUAUGCUGGCACAGUGCAUUGUGCUAGG